GCUAAUAUUAAAUUAAAGACAAUUCAAACAGGUGGUUUGGGUGAUAAGGAGAGAAGCGUUGCCAUGUCGAACACCAUUCGCAGCCUAAGCCCAGAGCUGGCCAAGAAGGCGCACGAUGAGCUAGCCGAGGUGCCCGAAAGGAUCGAUGAGGAUAUUGAGAUUCGCACGUGGAUCGCCAAGCAGCCGCAUCUGACGGCGCGAGAGGAUGCCCAGUUCCUGGUCGCCUUCCUGCGAGGCUGUAAAUACAGUCUGGAGAAGAGCAAGCUCAAGCUGGAUAACUUUUAUGCCAUGCGAGGAGCAGUGCCAGAGCUCUACAAGAAUCGUUUUGUGGGCGAGAAGCAGCUGAGCAUUCUGGAAACGGGGUGCCUCUUGCGAUUGCCACAGCUGGAGCCAGAUGGUCCUCGCAUCCACAUCUCCCGCUAUGGCCAAUAUGACUCCAAGAAGUACUCUAUCGCCGAGGUUAUUCAGGUUAACACCAUGCUGGGUGAAAUUCAGAUACGAGAGGAUGAUAACGCCAUGAUCUCCGGCUUUGUGGAGAUCAUUGACAUGAAGGGCAUUGGCACCGGUCACUUGUUCCAGUUUGAUGCGGUUCUGGUCAAGAAACUGGCUGUUCUCGGCGACAAGGCCUAUCCCUACAGACCCAAGGGCUUCCAUUUCGUCAACGCGCCCGCCAGUGCAGAGAAGUUUAUGUCCAUUGCCAAGAGUUUAAUGAGUGAAAAGAUCCGAAAGCGGUUCCACAUACACUCCAAACUGGAGAGCUUGUACAAGUACGUGCCCAAGGAAUGCCUGCCAGCUGAAUAUGGAGGCAGCAAUGGUACCGUUCAGGAUGUGGUCAAUACAUGGCGAACGAAGCUCAUAUCGUACAAGGAUUUCUUCGAGGAGGAAGUGUCCUAUGGCACCAACGAGAAGCUGAGACGGGGACAACCCGUCAAUGCUGAAUCCCUGUUUGGCAUCGAAGGCUCCUUCAGGAAACUUGACAUUGACUAGACCGUAGACACUUUUUAC